AUGGCACGUAACGCCUCCAUUGACAGAUUCUUCGCGGUUGUGUACCCACUGAGCCUGAGGGCAGCGUCCCGGCGAGGCCAGCUCAUGCUGGCCGUGGCGUGGCUCUUAGCCUGCAGCUGCUCCGUGCCACAGAUGUUGAUCUUCCACGUGGACAGCCACGAGGUGCACCGGCACUACCGUCAGUGCGUGACGUUCGGCUCCUUCCCGUCCCUUCGUCAUGAGAUGGUGUACAACCUCUUCUGUCUGACGAUGUUAUACGUGGCACCCAUCACCAUCAUCGUCAUGUCCUACGGUGCCAUCGUCAUCACUAUCGUCCGCAAGACUAAACUCACCGCUGAUGAGAGCGUGAUCAGGAGAUCCGGUAUCGGCUACCUCGGCAAGGCGAAGGCGCGCACCAUCAAGAUGACGGUCAGCAUCGUCGCUGCCUUCUUCAUCUGCUGGACACCAUACGUCAUCAUCAGCUUGUGGUUUUGCUUCGCUCCCGAAGCGGCAAAAAGACUGGACCAGCGCGUACAGAAGACUUUGUUCGUAUUCGCCUGUGCAAACUCGUGCGCCAACCCCCUAGUGUACGGCAUCUUCAACUUCUGCAAGCAGAAGAAGCCUAAGGUUCAGCUGACGCUGCGGUCCAGCACCGCGCACACUCACCUGGCGCACUCCAGCGCCACCUACAGCAAGGGCCACAAACCUGGUUCGCUGUUCGGGCGCGCGGGCGACGUUCAGCUGACGCUGCGGUCCAGCACUGCGCACACUCACCUGGCGCACUCCAGCGCCACCUACAGCAAGGGCCACAAACCUGGUUCGCUGUUCGGGCGCGCGGGCGACGUUCCUGAUUUCUCGAACCGAACGUCAUUUCGCUUCUCUGAAGCCCAAACAUCUUCAAAAAAUAGUGAGAGCAAACGUCAACAUCCCGAAGCAAGAGAGCUGUGUUCGUUGUCAAGCCUGAGCACAGCGCGGAGAGGAUUCGUGCUGGCCAGGAAGCCGGUGGAACACGCGACGUCGCUGGAGACAUCGUGCAGUGAGCAUCCCGCAGCGACGUCGCUAGAGACGUCGUGCAGUGAACAUCCCGCAGGCCGCAUUACUCAGUACCGCCGCUGUCACUCGGUGCUCGUGAAAUGCAACAGCGUCAGCAAUGGAGCACCAGAACUCCACGGAGGUCCACCCGCCCCCCAUACCGUGGCGCCCCCGCCCCUCCCGACGUAA